AUGCUCUGCCGUUCGUCCGCCGCCGCUUCCGCCUCGUCGGCCCGACGCGCUUUGACCCAACGAGUCAUCGCCUCGUCCUCGUCCUCGUCCUCGUCCUCCGCGACGACAUCGGUCCCCUCGACGUGGACCUCGAUCCGCUCCUACUCGGCCUCGAACCCGGUCCCCAAAGCGAACGUCGACUACCUCGAACCGACCCAUUCGGACGAGACGCCUUCGAAAGAGGUGCAGUCCCGCCUGGCCAAGUACGCCUCCGUGACGUUGGCGACCUACUCCCGUCCACCUUUCAUCCUCUCCAAAGGUGACAAGUGCACGCUCUGGGACUCGGAGGGCAGAGAAUACCUCGAUCUUUCCGGUGGGAUCGCCGUGAACGCAUUGGGUCAUGCCGAUAAGGGCGUGCAGAAAGUCUUGACCAAGCAAUCCGGGUUGCUCGUGCACAACUCCAACUUGUACCACAACGAAUGGGCGGGGGAACUCGCGUACCUCUUGGUCGAACAGACGAAGCGACAUGGUGGGAUGGGUUUCACUCCCGGAUCGCACGAAGGGAUGAAGCCGACCGACAAGACCUCGGGGCUCAAAGUCUUCUUCUCCAACUCGGGCACCGAGGCCAACGAAGGCGCGCUCAAGUUCGUGCGCAAGUAUGGCAAAGGCUCGACGGGCAACCUCAAGGCCGUCACCGACUCGAGGGGACAGAAGCAAGCCAAGGUCACGGGUCACACCGACAAGGUUGAGAUCGUCUCGUUCCGCGAUGGCUUCCACGGUCGAUCCUUGGGUGCGCUCUCCGCUACCUGGCAGGAGAAGUACCAGGCUCCUUUCGCCCCCCUCGUCCCAGGGAUCGUACCCGCCGAUUUGAAUGACAUCGAGGCUCUUCAAACCGUGAUCAACGAAAAUACAUGCGGUGUCAUCGUCGAGCCCAUCCAGGUCAGUUUGCGCCGCCGGCGACGGCUUUUGACUCGGAAUUUCACAUUCUGACUCAUCCGCAUGCAACAGGGAGAAGGCGGUAUCCUGGAAGCCACACCCGAGUUCCUGAAGGCAUUGAGGAAGCGAUGCGAUGAGGUUGGAGCGUUGCUCAUCUUUGAUGAGAUUCAGGUAUGUGUGUGUGCCUUGAGCUAUGCUCGCAAGGAGCUCUCGGCUGACAGCCUCUUUCUUUUCGGCAUCAAUGCAGUGCGGUCUUGGUCGAACGGGAUCACUCUGGGCCCAUGGAUCAUUACCGGUCGAUUGCCACCCCGAUAUUGUCACCAUGGCCAAGCCUUUGGCCAAUGCGAGUUGGCACCUCUGAACUCGUCGCUGCCCAGCUACCACACUGACCUGACCUGACAUUCCCUCCACUCUGAUCGUAGGGUGUGCCUAUCGGAGCCAUCCUGAUGAAGGACAAGGUUGCGGACGUGAUCAAGAUCGGAGACCACGGCACGACCUUCGGUGGCGGACCAUUGCAAACCCGAGUCGCGCACCACGUCCUCGGACGAAUCAGCGAACCCGCUUUCCUCGAGAACGUCACCUCGACGUCCAAAGUCCUCCGAGAACGACUGGCGACCCUACCUGGCCUAUUCCCUCGUUUGAUCGCCGGUCCUCCGAGGGGACGCGGCUUGAUCAUGGGUAUCCCAUUCACGAGGGACGAAUAUGUUCAACGUGUGCUUAAGCUGGCUAGGGAGAGGGGCGUCUUGUUGCUCGGGUGCGGGAAGAGCACCGUUCGAUUCGUGCCGAGUCUCAUCAUCACAACGGAGGAGAUCGAGAAGGCCAUGGAUGUGUUGGAGAGUUGUUUGGUCGUGGUCAACCGUCAGGCUGAAGGCGUAUAA